UGACGAAAUAUGUGUUCAUUCGUGGUAUGAAAAGCAUAUACAAUGUUUCACGGGUCUAUGGUUAGAACAUCACAUGAUUCUUGAGGUCAACUGUAUACAGAUGAUGAACAUCACAGUAACGUCAUAUUGAUCGCAGUCUGUCAACUUGUUGUCAGAUAUGUUCGAGUGAAUCACAGAAGUAUCAGAUUUUGCGGGCAGUGAGUCACCUAAUUGAUGGCUCCGAAUUCGUCCACCUCACAGUAUUUCGUCGUUCUGAUAGGCUCAAGAUCGUAGCGGGAGAGUAGUAUGUCCGUCAUACAUACAAAUAGCAGUUUUGAAUAAGUUGAAGCACAGUCAUGCAACCAUCGCAUGUCUUCGAGUUCAUCGUGUCGGCUUUUAUGAAUGCCCCGCAAUUGGAUGGUCGCAAUGCGCGUGUGCCGGUAGAUCUCAGCGUCAAGUCUCGAAAAGCACGUGUUCGCGUAUAUAUCAAACAAAAUGACGGAAACUACUGUGCAACCGUGCCGCAGCUGCCAGUGACAACCACGAGAUUAAAUCGCUAAACAAUCUCCGUUUACCCUCUCGCUGACAUUCGAGAAUGUAAAUUAUAAUUAUCGUUGAAGCUGUAAAUUGCAACAAAACGUUUAUUCGAUACUGUUAUGAAUGUUUUGUGUUUACUGACUUGGUGACAUCGAAAUGUUGAGAUCAACUAAACAGUUUGCGUUUGAAAUU